CCAACUGUCGGUUUUUUGCAAUGUUGGUUUUUUGCUUCCACUGCGCUGCCCGAAAGAAAAUGUCAAAAGUUUCCUCCUGUGCUGUGCUGAACUUGUAGUUGAGCGGGAAAUCAAAUUGUGUUAAAAUGCGGAACGUGGAAAUAAAAGCUCGUAUUGCCGACUAUGAAAACAUUUGUAGGACUGCUGAAGAACUAAGUGGUGGACCGCCAACGAUAAUCAUGCAAGACGACACCUUUUAUAAUGUAUCUGAAGGCCGACUGAAGAUGCGAUUCUAUGAUGGUGAUUCUUCUAUUUUUUCUGCUACUUUGGUACGUUAUGAUCGUGACGACAAAAGUGGUCCUAAAUUAAGUAAUUAUGAACUUCUGAAUUUCGCCAAGUCACAAAAGACAGAAGCUAAUAAGCUGGAUGAAAUGUUGAGAAAAUGCUUAGGCAUACGCGGACGAGUGAUCAAAGAACGUAAACUUUAUAUGGUGGGCCAAAUUAGGGUACAUAUAGACAAAGUGAAUAAUCUAGGACACUUCAUGGAAUUGGAAGUUGUGCUUCGCCCCGAGCAGACUUUAGAAGAGGGCCAGAUGAUUGCUCGGAAGCUGCAGGCAUUGUUAGGAGUCGAUAAUGAACAUCUCAUUGAAUGUGCUUAUGUAGACUUGCUUGAUAAGUGUAAGUAAUUUUAUUCAAUUAUAAUGUUUUCUAACUUCAUGUUGUAA